AUGUACGAGCCCAGGAAACGCCUGAACGUAAGGCAGAAAGGCUCACUCGCUGGGAACCUGGACCAGUUCCGCAUAUUCAACUUGAUAGCCUUCCAGAGAGUCCAACAAUCUAUGAUCAAAAUGCGACAAGCAUGCGUUAAGAGGAAAAAAGCAGCCAAAAAUCUAUUGGCGAUGCAAGCAAAGGCUGAAACAACCCAGCGACUUGUGCAGGAGCGCGGUCGUUGGCUGUUCAGCAACGAGUGCCAGAAUCUUUCGGAGCUGAGUGAACCAGAACGACAAGCCCAGAUCUUCGCAGUACAGUCCCACAAGGCAUUGAUGGUCACCCAUCCAGGAGAGCAUCUGUAUCUAUGCCUGAUGCGGCUUCCCCGAGAGAUCCGCGAGAUAGUUUACGCAGCCAUGUUCGAAAGUCUUCCAGGAAACGUUGCGAUUAUCAAAGGUAUGCGGUAUCACGUCCACAGGCCAGGAUACGAGCCGGAAAACGACUGA